AUGCCAAAUUCAGAUUUAUUUAUUUCUAUUUUAUUUUUAAUUUAUUAUGUAAUAUAUAUAUAUAAAUAUAGAAUAUAUAGACAUUCUUAUGAAUACCUACAAUAUUCAAGUAAAUUUAUUAACCAAUUUUCAUUUUUUGGUCAGAAUGAUGAUGAUGAUGAAGCGGAGGACACAACUUUGAAACCCUCGCCAGAUGCCAAGACCAACUUCAUUUUCAUUAAACCUCUCACUCAAGAUUUGCCUGCCGGUCAGGAAGUGAGAGUGUUGAUUGGAUUCACCAACAAAGGUGAGAAGGAGUUUGUUGUGGAGACCAUUGAUGCCUCGCUCAGAUAUCCUCAAGAUUUCAGUUACUACAUUCAAAAUUUCACAACUUACCGACUCUAUCAACCGAUUGAACCAUCGAAAGAGGCAACUUUUGAAUAUCGUUUCAUUCCCAGUGAUACUUUGUCUUCACGUCCCUUCGGCCUGGUCAUCAAUGUCAACUACAAGGAUGUCGAUGGUGCAGCCUACUUAGAUGCAAUCUUCAACUCCACGAUCAACAUCAUCGAGCCAGACGAGGGCCUUGAUGGAGAAAUAUUUUUCCUGUACAUUUUCCUGGUUGCAAUUGUCAUCCUAGCAGGAGUUGGUUUCUAUCAUCUGGCCACUUCUUUCAAGAAGAAGCAUUUGGGUUCCAAACCAAAGCAAGCAGUCGAGCUGGGAACUCAGAACAAGGGAGAUGUUGAUUAUGAUUGGAUCCCCAAAGAGGCAUUGAUCAGUAGUGAGUUGGGAUGA